AUGGCUCCCCGCGCUACGCUCCGAAAGACGAUCGAGAAGAAGGGAGGAAAGAAAGCCGCCUCCAACAAUGCGAAAGCGGCUUUGCUCAAGAUGCCGGUUGAACUCAUCCUCGAGUUCUCCGAUGCCAUGCCCACCGUCGACAAGAUCGUCUUCGCCCAGACGUGCCGGCCAAUAUUUAAUUCGGUCGGCCUUAUCCCAUUCUCCAAGGACGAAGAAGAGUUCCGAGAGGAGAAGUUCGAGUAUCUCGCUCGCAGAUCCCGAGAGACUCUCAACCAAUGGGUCUGCGAGCAGUGCUUGUGCCAGCACGACGUCGACCUGGCCGACACCCCUUCAAGGCCAGCUCUCAAUUGCCCUGUUGGCGACCUGUAUCGGUCCAAGCACAACUUGUCUCUGAGGCUGAUUUCUGGGGAAUGUUACCGCCUGGGACGACGCCAUGUCCAGCUGGCCUUGAAGUACACCAGGCUGUACAACGAAACAUCCUCCGUACAGCAACAGUACCUGAGGAGUCUCAUGGCCGCCCACUCAUAUUCCCUGUCGUACUUGCACAAAGGCAUCAAAGUUUCCCAGAUGGUCAAGAUCACCCCUCGUGUCGUCGAUGGCAGAUUCCUCCUUAAGUGCAUCUUCGAAUACCGGCAGAAGGCACAGCCAAUCCACAAAGAGCCCCUCUUUGGCGAAUUUGUCUGCCAGCACCAGAGCUGUCUGGGGGAGGGAGAAGCAUAUUAUCCUUUCUCCCAGUUCAACACGGCGGUAGAAAAGGCCCUCGACAAUAAGCAGCACGAGUUCCGCAGCCACUGCCAUUACUGCUGCACCGACUUCACCGUCAAGGCAUCGACUCAUGGAAUCAGAGUCACCGUUUGGCACGAUCUUGGAACCGAGAGCUCUGCCUUGGACCCCGUGUGGAAGGCAUCUGUAUACAGCCCCGAGCUGUAUUCAAGCGACGAGGGUCUCGUCAACAACGCGCCUGGCCGUGUGAGGGAGCUGUACGACAGCGAGGAGUAA